AUCAUUUGUAUUUUACUUGAAUAGUUCUGCGCAUGAAGUCUUGCCAAAAUGCCACGAACUUGGAUGACCGCCUUGUUAAAGCUGCUGAGUAUAAAAAGAUUUUGACAAGGACAGGGGCAUAAGAUAGUGACCCUUCCCCUGCUCUGUGCCCUUGACCACGGAACAUUUUAGAAGCCGGGAGUGGGAACCGCAGACAUGGUCAAGAUAGAGCUUGCACCGUUGAAUAUCCCGUUCAACCGACGUUUACAGACAGCUGCAGUUCUUCAAUGGGUCUUCUGCUUUCUCUUUGGAGCGCAGUGUUGUUUUUGUGUGUAUGUUGUGAUCGUGUUGAAUGGAUACUGGCACAUGGCUGCUCUGUAUGCCCUGUGGCUCUACCUGGACUGGGACACACCUCAGGCUGGGGGCCGCAGGUCUGACUGGGUACGCCACUGGACCGUGUGGAAACACUUUGGAGACUAUUUCCCCAUCCAUCUGAUUAAGACAUGUGACCUAGACCCAGAAAGGAACUACCUGAUGGGGUUCCAUCCUCACGGAAUCCUGGUAGCCGGAGCGUUUGGCAAUUUCUGUACAGAAUACACAGGUUUCCAAGAGCUCUAUCCAGGAAUGACUCCUUACCUGCAUACCCUCGGCAUCUGGUUCGGCUUCCCAUUCUUCCGGGAGUACCUUAUGUCCUCAGGGGUUGUUUCUUGUUCCAAGAAGAGUCUUACCCAUGUGUUGAGCCAGAAGGGAGGGGGCAACGUGUCAAUCAUAGUGAUUGGUGGGACGGCAGAGUCCCUGGAGGCCAGGCCUGGGAGCCUCAUCCUGGAGGCCCUCAACAGGAAGGGCUUUGUCAAGAUUGCUCUCAGGUGUGGGGCUCAUCUGGUGCCAGUGUUCUCCUUUGGGGAGAAUGAUCUGUUUAAUCAGCUGAAGAACCCGAAGGGCUCCCUGGUCCGUACCAUCCAGGAGGGCAUGAGGAAGACCCUGGGCUUCAGCCUGCCUCUGUUCCAUGCCCGGGGGYUCUUCCAGUACAGCUUGGGCUUCAUGCCCUUCAGACAACCCAUCUACACCAUUGUGGGAGAGCCCAUAGUUGUGGAGAGGAACGUGAGCCCCUCAUCAGCUGAGGUAGACAGGCUGCAUGGCUGUUACCUGGAGGCGCUGGCUAAGCUGUUUGAGCAGCACAAGGCUGAGUACAGGAUCCUAGAGCACCAGCACCUCAUCUUCACCUGACCAGACCAAAUGAAGUCAGAUAGCACUACACUGUAGGAUUGCACCAUUCAACCAGCUCCUGACCAAUACACACUGAUACAGACUUUCAAACAAACAUAGUGCAAACAUACACAAAAUCACACAUGGGAAAUGAACACGUGCAUGCUUGCACACAUGUACAGUGAACACCCAUUUACACAAUCAAACGGGCAUCGCUCUCAUCCUUUGCUCUCUUAUACAGUCACCAUAGGCCCAGAGUAAGUCAGCUGAGUUGAGCGGUGGAAAUCCCGCUCAUUGCGCACCGCUCUGGCACUCCAUCUCCUUUCCACCCGCUCUCUAAAAACCCCUUCAKGUUCAUUAAAAUCACAAUUUAACCAACACCCAUCUAUUUUUGUGACUACRUAGACCUACCAUUUGGUUUUGAAGUAUUGAAACCAAACCACAUGACUUGAAUYAAAAGUAUUUAAAUGAACAUGAAAAGUUGAAUAUAAGAAGCGUUCAUGUCAUGUGAAACAACAUARAAACACUCUAAAUAGGUCAGGAGCCAGACAAAGAGUCUAAGAAGGAUUGAAAAUGUAUUAUUUAGGCWAUUUUAUUUCAAUCAUUUCAAGGCUAUAGGGUACAAAGUAAUACAUUGUGAAGCAUUUGUGAGUGCAACACACAAGGCUGGGAGGGAGUCAGGAACAUUACCAAGUGCUCAGCAUUUAAACAACAUURCGUUGUAUUAAAUCAUUAUAGUCUAUAAAUUGGGCAUAUAGGCUGAUUUAUGUUUUUAGGCAAAAUAACCCAARUAAAAAACAGAAAGCUCCUUGAAAGUUGGAAUAUGCCUAUUGGGCCAAAAUCAAUUAUUGCCUAUUGUAUAGAUAAUAGAACAAAAAUGAAGGAAACUUUUAAGAUAUCAGAUUUUUWGUUUAUAAAUACUUUGCUACAAUGACACACUUAAUUAGCUACCCAGCUCAUUCAUUUAUUUUAGUUUAGCAUGUGCAGUAGUAAUAAGUACACCAUCAUGCUUUCGGGAUACGUGUCUUUUCAGAUUCCACUAUGAUUCACCUCACUCCCUCUCUUGCUCUUGGUCCUCAUCUUUGUAAGCAGUGGCAGAACUAGAGUUUUCUACAUGGGGUGUCCAGGGGGUGUCCAAGGGGUGUCCAAGGGGUGGCCAAGGGGUGGCCAA